CCAGCAUUUAAGGUCAUCUUUAGAUUGUUCAGUAUCUGUGGCUAUUAAUUCGAACAUUAAACUAACUUACAGUGUGCGAUUUUAGUGAUGUCAGCAUAUUCUACAAAGGCUGCGUGCUGUGUUUGUAUACAGGAUAAUGGAUCGAACUGUGACGGAAUUCCAGAAUGUAUCUGUGAGCAGUUAGGAGAACAGCAGCGGAAAGUUAAACACGUGUGGAGAAAAAUACAGGAAAUGGGAAAAGUUCUCAAGAAUGACGAGAGCCCGGAAAGUAGUUCUGUGAGUUCUGAGGGUGAGGAUGACAACACCCCAGAUGGUGGAUGGGGCUGGGCAGUUUGCUUCGGCUCCUUUCUAAUAAACUUUAUACUUGACGGUACCAUGUUCUCAUUUGGUGUGCUACUGAUCGAAUUGCUGGACUAUUUUGGAGAAGGGAAAGCGAAAACAGCAUGGAUAGGAUCGUCUCUGUUAGGAAUGAGCAUGUUUAUGGGACCAAUAGUGAGCAUGCUACUAGAGCGGUAUAGUUGUCGCCAGAUCACUAUAGCUGGAACAGUAUUAUCUGUCGUCGGAUUCAUAAUCAGCUCAUUUUCUCCAAACGUGGAAAUCCUCAUAAUUACCUAUGGUAUCAUCGGAGGUAUUGGUUUCUGCAUGUCUUUCGUCUCCGCCAUCAUUGUUGUUGGAACGUACUUUAGACGCAAGAGGGCGAUAGCGACAGGCAUAGCCAUGAGUGGGAGUGGCUUAGGAACAUUUGCAUAUGCAUAUCUAACAAACAUUCUUAUCUCUAAAUAUGAUUGGAGGGGAACGAUACUGAUACUCGGCGGUAUACUGCUUAACGGUAUUGUUUGCGGGGCCUUAUUUCGCCCUCUUCCGAGACCUAAACUUCAACAUUCUAGAUCUGAGGAAGCUUCAUCUAAUAAUUCAUUUGAAGCAAUAGACGUAGUAGAAAUCAAGUCACUCCUUUCAAAAAAAGAAACUCCAUUUAAUUACUUGCGGACUAGCGCUUUGCCUCCUCGACUUGCUAUGAGCACGGAGUUUGCGUGUAUUCACAAAGAUAGACUUCUUGCAGAAGAGAACAAAGCAAAGACAUUUAUGAGUCAACAUGACUUUAGAAAUAAUUUGAAGCCAGAUUCAAAUCAAAUGUCCAGAAAAGAUAUUUUCUACAGUGGUUCGUUAGCACGAUUACCACACCACUGUAGUUCAACGACAGACUCAUCACACGAAGAUGUUGCGAGUAGCUCAGUGGGAGAGGUGUACGACAUGGAGAGGACUCGAGUCCGCAUGGUUAUAGACGUCCUGAAGAGAAACUUUGCCUUGUUUAGUAACAAAGUGUUCGUCUUGCUGCUAUUGACAAAUGUUUGUUGGACAGUACAAUCAGUUCCGUUGACCUACAUACCAGAUCUUGCCAUCUCUAAGGGUCUACCAAGCGCCCAAGCUGCAACUCUAAUCUCAAUCGUUGGUAUUACAAACAUAUUUGGUCGAAUUAUUUCUGGGAUAAUCACCGAUAUGUUCCGAAUCCGAAGUUCUGUGACGUAUACAGUUGCAUUGUUUACAGCGUCCGUUGUGAACUUUCUGAUGCCUUGGUGUGAUGGAUUUGUCGCCCUUGCUACAUGUGGCGCUAUAUUUGGCUUGUGCAUGGCCACGGUAGUGUCAAUGAGAACAAUUGUGUUGGCAGACCAUCUCGGCAUUGAACAACUGACCCAGAGUUUUGGAAUGGUAGCUAUGUUUCAAGGUGUUGCCUUUCUCACAAACGCUCCAUUAGCAGGUUACCUGUAUGAGAAGUUCAGUUCUUACUUGAUGCCAUUCAGCUUCGCUGGUGGGAUGUAUUUCCUGUCCGGCAUCUUCUGCUUAGCGUUACUCUGCGUUGAUCAUGGUAAAAGCAGACGAGAUGAAGAAAUCAUCAUUAAAAUAGAAAAAGUGCCGGAAGAUUAACCACCACACGGCUUUACAUUUGAUUGAUAUAUAGUUAGGCAAACAGUGCCAACAAAAUGUGUAUGUCAAACUGUAAAAGUCACGUGAUGUCAAACACACGAUUAACUUGCGUCUGCAUCACGCCAAGUUGUCUACAGAUUUCUGUAAAAGCAACAAAAUGUUGCUGAAAAAAGAAACAAUUCCUGAUUACAAGUCGAGGCAUUGUACAGAUGCCAUGGCCAGUGCCAGUUUAUGUUACAGAGGUCGAGUCGGAAUUGGUGUCUGUUAUAUGCUUGUGUUGGAAGAAGAUUGGUGUCGAGUACUAGUAGUAGACACGAACUAAUUGUCACUUGAGUAUAAGGUGUAACGGCUUGGUGGUGUUUAAAACAUGCAAGUCUUAAUUUGAAUCUACUUGAUAAAUGACAUAUCGGCGGGUGGAGGACGCUUUAUAUUGAGCUAUACUAACUGUUGUGUUACAACGUUUUAAUGAGGGCAGGUCUAUGUUGUUUCAGUGUCUAUGUCCGUUUGUUUCAACGCUUCGCUAUGUGGAGAUUUCAACCUUUAUGUUACAAUAUUAGUUUGUUGUCGGUAUGUUGUAUCAUCAUCAGCAUUAUCUAUUAAUAUGUGACUAUACUAAGCAUUAGUAUGCGUCCAUUGUACAUUUAUAUCUGGCCAUAAACUUGUACCUUCAUCAGAAACAUACAGCUGAAAGAAGAAAAUGAGGAAGAGUGGAAGAAGAUAAUUUAUUUAUUCCAAUUAUUGUUCAUUUGAAUUUAAUGUUUCAUAUAUAUUUUAUGCAUAUAUAUAAUCCCUUCGCAAUUUCAUUUUACUGUUUUAUCAGUUGUAAAAACAGUUGUUUUUCAUUGAAUUGAUAUGAAAUAUACGUUUUAGUGAAGUAUUAAAAACUCCUGGUUAAAUAUAA